AUGCCAACCCUCGCAGACGCUUUGUCCAGUUUGGCCAAGUCCAACCGAGAGAUCGCCACUGGCUUUGACAACCUCGCCGCCGAGCCGGCGUGGUUUACCAUCUACCGCCAGCAGGCCGCUGUACAAGCUCAGGCCAACCACUCCCAGGUGUUGAUGGCGAUCCGCAACACAGAUAUCAACAUGGCGGCCCUCGCCUCGUGGCAGGAGUCGCGCGCCUUCCACGGCCGGGCGCGCGACAUGACUUCGCGUCUCGUGGGUCUGAUGCGCAAGCCCCCCAUCGAGGUCCUUCCACCUCUCGCUCCUGGUGAUCCCCUCUCCCCGGUUCCGCCCAUGCUCCCUCCCCUGCCCAGCUUCCCGGCCUCCAUGCAGGCGCUGCAGGGUCUUACCGGUGUGUAUUCCUGCCGGUAUGUUCUUUGGCUGACCGCAGGGCCUGUCCUCACCGACCUGCUCGACUCGUACGACCAGCCGUCCCAUGGCUCUGUGGCCGAGAAGCGUGCUAGGUUCUGCCGCUUUAUUGGGUGCUAUGAGUGUUGA